UUUUUGACACCUGCUGACAGGCGGUGGUCGAUAUCUUAGAAUUUAUUGUACGUAAUUUUAGUAAAAACACCCCAAAAUGGCCUGUAAAAUUUGUGGUCCUAAGUUAUCAUUGUGCGGAUUGAUAUUGAGUGUCUGGGGAAUCAUCCAACUGACUCUGAUGGGAGUCUUCUAUUACAUAGAAGCUGUAGCUCUUCUAGAAGAUCUUCCCCUUGAAGAAGAAAGCGGCCACCACACUGUAGAUGCAUUUAUUCAUGCAGUUGAAGUAGGAUAUCAAAGAAACUCUUACAACUGUUGGAUUGCGGCCCUUCUCUAUGUGAUUACAUUGGUAAUAUCAGGCCAUCAGUUCUGGAUGAACAACCGUUCUUCUGUUAGCAUGUAAUGCGCAACAAUUGUACUUUAUUCUAGGUACAUGUUGUUACUAUUUAUUAGUUCCAUUCCAUUUACUAUAA